GCCGGAUCCUCGUCCCGGGACGUGCCUAGCAGCCAGAGGUUGCGCGCUCACCCCUUCCACGCGUGAGUCACAAGUUCUCGGUUCACCCCGAGCGCCGCGGCGCCCAGGACCAACCAGAAUGACUGCCCCCAGCGGUUGCCGCUCAGACCUGGCUUCCAGGUACUACAGACUUUGUAACCUGACCGAAGGCUGGGGCAUCGCCCUGGAAACGCUGGCCGCAGUCGGGGCUGUGGCUACAGUGGCUUUCAUGUUUGCACUCGUUUUCGUCAUCUGCAAAGUACAGGACUCCAACAAAAGAAAGAUGCUCCCCACCCAGUUCCUCUUCCUCCUGGGAGUGCUGGGGGUCUUUGGCCUCACCUUCGCCUUCAUCAUCAAGCUGGAUGGAGCCACAGGACCCACGCGCUUCUUCCUCUUCGGUGUCCUCUUCGCCAUCUGCUUCUCUUGCCUCUUGGCCCACGCUUUCAACUUGAUCAAGCUGGUCCGAGGGAGGAAGCCUCUGUCGUGGCUUGUGAUCCUCAGCCUGGCGGUGGGCUUCAGUCUGGUCCAGGUCGUCAUCGCCAUUGAAUACUUGGUCCUCGCCAUGAACAGGACCAACGUCGAUGUCUUUUCUGAGCUGCCUGCCACUCGGCGCAACGAGGACUUCGUCAUGCUGCUCAUUUACCUGCUCUUCUUGAUGGUGCUGACCUUCUUCGCAUCCGUCUUCGUUUCCUGUGGAUCCUUCUCUGGCUGGAAGAGACACGGCUUCCACAUAGGUUUCACCUCGUUCCUCUCCAUCGCCAUCUGGGUGGCCUGGAUCACCCUGCUCCUGGUUCCCGACAUUGGCCCGGAAUGGGAUGAUACCAUUCUCAGCACAGCCUUGGUGGCCAAUGGCUGGGUUUUCCUGGCAUUUUAUAUCUUGCCAGAGUUUCUACAGCUCCCUAGACAACGGAGCCCCACCGAUUACCCAGUUGAAGAUGCUUUCUGUAAACCUCAACUCAUGAAGCAGAGCUAUGGUGUGGAAAACAGAGCUUACUCCCAAGAGGAAAUCACCCAAGGUCUUGAGAUGGGAGAUGGACACUAUGCACCUUAUUCCACCCAUUUUCAGCUGCAGAAUCGCCAAAAGGAUUUCUCUAUCCCAAGGGCCCAGGCCCCAGCCAGUCCAUACAAUGACUACGAAGGGCGCAGAGGGGACAGCUAACUGUUGGGAAGAGUGGGACAACCAGAGUCAGGCAGCAGGUCCAGCCAGGAGUCCUGCAGAUGUGAACUGAACCCAGGGCAUCCUAGGGAAACUGUACAGAGAGGCUUGCAACCUGCCCAGCACACCGCUGUCUUGCCUGGGGCGGCUAAGCCCAACAGACUGUCUUCGCAGCCCUCCAGGAUUUUCAUUUGCCCCAUUCCUAGGACACUUCUGGGAGGUGGGAGUCUUGACAACUCAGGGUGAGACUCUUAACCUCUCCCAGGAGUCUGAGCAAACAGCUGCUCAUCUGACUACUCACUGUUUGGUCAUCCUCGGAAGCCGAUUCAUCUAAGCCAGAGUGGGUUCUAUGAGGAUUGGCUCAGUACCAAGCAGAACUGAAGAUUUGGAUAAACCCAGAAAGGUCUGGGUCUCCCUCUUGUUCAUCUUAGUCCACACUGGAAGCUAAUCUGGCCGUGCUCUCCCAGGCUUUCCUGCCUGGGGAGGAGUGGCUAAAGGUCACGUGGCUACCCCACAAUGGCUUCGCCCGAUUUCCAAGGGCCACAUUUUCAACUCAGUCACUUCCAAACUUGCUGCCAACCCCAGACCUCUGUGUCCUUUGCCAGACUCUUCGGUAUAUUACUGGAGUAGACAAGGCCCAUUUUUCCCUGCUAGGAGGAUUUGGGUUUUGUUCUUGCCAUAAAUUCCUGGCACUUUCUCCUCCCCUCCCCUUGCUCCUCGUCCUCAGUAACACCCUGACCUCCGUAAGUGUCUAUUCUCUGGGUGGGAUGCAUUUGUUAUAUAGUAAGUUAUUUACCUGGGUAUGCAAUAAAGAUGUGGUCGCAAAUAUCUUUUAAAUUUAAA